AUGAAUCACCCCAUGUUCAAACAAGAGGCAUUCUCACCCGGACCCGUGUCCGCAAUCCCUCACGGCCCGCUCCCAGUCGCGACGACGACCCGCAGCCUCAUCGGCCGGCCCUACGGAAACCUCCAAGACGCCUCCCUCGCCGUCCUCCUCGGCAGCACACAGUCCAAUCCGACGACCAACGGCGGCGACCCAUCGUCAUCGGCCUCCCUCAACACCCCGAUCUCCCCGUCCCCGGCGCACAACAACACGAACAACAUCUCGCCGACCGCGCGCAGCCUCGAAAAGAUCUGCUGCCAGGUGAUCGAAUACGUGAACCUGCGCGCCUUCGACGCCCUCCUCGAGCUCAGCAAGACGCAUUUCCGCCCGGAUUUCAAAUCCAGCCUGGACGGUGCCCGCUGCUGCAGCACGCUGCACGAGUUCAUCGAAUCCUGGCGUCUGCUGGUCGGGCGCGACGCCGGUUAUCGCGCCGUGGUCAAACACAUCCAGGUCGAUGUCCACGAGGGUUUCGGGCAUGCGAAUGCGUACAUGACGUUGGAGUUGACGACCAAGGCGCCUGCUGCGACGGGCAGGUUGGAGGAGGACGGCGGUGUUGGUUCGGCGGCCGGGGUGGGUGCUGGGGCGGAUGGGAGUGGGGUUGUGCUUGUGAGUCUUUGUGUCAUCCGCUGGAGGAGGAGGGAUGCUCGGUGGAUUGGCUAUCAGUGUGAAGUUAUCCGUGGGAUGGGCGGCCCGGCUAUCGGCGAAUGA